AUGACCGAAGACGAGAUGAAACAGCUCGGGUUCGAGAGCGCGACGUCCACGACGACGAUCCUGCAGCUCCUGAUCUGCGCCGCGACCGCGAUCGCGGAGCCGGUGCUCGGGAGCAUCGACACGUACUGGGUCGCGUGGCUCGGCACGACCGCGCUCGCGGCGCUCGGACCGAACACGUGCAUCUUUUCGUCCAUCAUCGCGGUGGUGGCGAUGCACGGGAUCGGGACCGCGACGACGCGGUCCGUCGCCAUCGCGCUCGAGCGCGACGUGAUCGACAAGAAGAGAGGCGGGAAGGGCGGGUUCGCCGGGAGCACGAUGGUAAACGUCAUGAGCGUGACGACCGCGUUCGGACUGGCGUGCACCGCGUUUUUGCUCCUCUUCUCCGCGCAAGUCGUAAACUUUAUCGGGUGCUCGCCGGAGAUCGUGGGCAUCGCCGCGGAGUACAUGCGAUGGCGCGCGAUCGGCGUCCCCGCGGUGAUCAUCAUCGACGUCAUCGCCGGCGCGUGCCAGUCCGCGCGGGAUGCGAAGACCCCCGCGGCGGGCAUCCUCCUCGCCGGCGUGCUUAAUCUCAUCAUCGAUCCCGUCCUCAUCUUCACCGUGGGCAUGGGCUUCAACGGCGCCGCGCUCGCGACGGUCAUCGCGCAGUACGCCUCCGCGAUCAUGCUGACGUGGUUCACGUUCAAAGGGCGCGGAAUGAAAAACUUUUUCGAGGAGGGCGUCGGGGUGACGACGCCGUUCCCGUCGUUCGACGCGGGCGUCGCGUGGGCCUACGCGAAGGAAGUCUUCAGCGUCCUCGGCCGCGUGUUAAACCUCGUCGCCGUGUGGUUCUACACCGGCGCGGUCGCGUCCGGUCUGGGCGUCAGCGAGGGCGCCGCGCACGUGUUGAUAUUUCAAAUCUGCUGCGUCCUGUCCAUCGGCAGCGGCGCGCUGUGCACGGUCGCGAACACGCUGACGGCGCGUUUGUCCGUGUCUCACGGCGACGGCGCGGCGAGGGAAGCGGGCAACGUCGUCGCGUCGUUCGGGGUGGUCACGAGCACGAUCUUCUCGGCCUUCUUCUAUCUGCUGCGGGUACAAAUCUUGGGCGCGUUCACGUCCGACGUCGCCGUCGUCGACGCCGCGCUCGCGGCGUACCCUAUCCUGAUGGCGUCGGUGAUGAUGUACUGGUACAAAGCCCUCGAGGGGGCGCUCAUCGGCCGCGGCGACGCGGGAGCGGUGAACUGGAUCUUCCUCGGCGGCGCCGCCGCGUGCUGGGGGUCGCUGAAAUACGCGAUCGCGAACGGGGCGUUAUCCCUCAAGGCGGUGUGGAUGUCGAUAUUUUACUAUUACCUCGUCAUCGUCGGGUCGAUGUGCGUGCGGUGGGUGUGGUUGAAUAAGAUAAGGGACCCGCGCGAAAAAAACGCGGACGACGGCGAGCCCAUCCCGGCGCACUGAAGGAGGGAAACACCGAACGAGCGCGAUUGAUUUCCGCUCGUUCGCGCGGGCACACGUCAACGACUAUGGAUAGUUGACGCGGCGCGCGAUCGCGCGGGAAGGCGUCUCUUCUCUUGAAAGAAUUUCUUCAACGUAUUCGAC